AUGUUUAAAUUUAUUUCUUGUUUAGAUAACUGGCGUCUUGCUCCUGUUGGAUUUUGUAUCGUUGAUGGCUGGAUCGACCACUGGUGUACCGAUGUCUCCGUGGUAUUCCGCAAACUAAACCGCAACGCCGCCGCCUUCCUAACUUACGCAACGACCAGUUCCUGCACCGAAGUCUUCAAGUACUACACCACUGAAGCACCGGAGUUUUAUACCACAACUUACGCUGCCCCGGGUCAUUACACUGACGCCCUGAAGUAUUACUCUGCCCCGAGUUACUACACCACCAAGGCGACGGAUUACUACAUGACAAUGCAUGCUGUCCCAUCCGACUACACCGAGGCUCCGAAUUGCUACACCGAGGCUCCCGCUGAUUACUCCACCAAAACGGCCGAAUACUACACCGAAGCGGGAAAGUCCUUCUCUGUCAGAUCUACACAACCACAACUGAGGCGACCAAUCCAAGUCCAACAAUAUGCCUAA